AUGGUUCUUCCUUCCCUUGCUUCCCUCUGCCACACCGUCAUGGAGAAGCUAACUAGGGAUAAUUUCCUGGUUUGGAAGGCUCAGCUUCUUCCGCAUAUAAGGGCAGCCGGCAUGACCGGCUACCUCGACGGCAGUGUUAAGGAACCAGCCAAGGUUCUGUCCACGGAGAAGGACGUCGCCGGCAAGAAGGUCAUCGAGGAGGUAAAUAAUUACGCCCGCUCGUACCCCCUGCCUUCCUUCCACGACAACGCGACUUGCAUCGGCUCCACCGACGACUGGAUCGCCCUUCGCCAAGAUGACCACGCUGAUGGAUGCAGCUACCUCCUGUACAACCCUUUCUCGAACGGAAGUAUUCUGCUCGCACUCGACGGCAUCAUCGACAAGGCUACCACAUUUAGUAUUGCAUGGCUCCUCUUCGCCGGCCCCAUCUUCAACGACUACAGCUCGGUGGGCUACUCGUUCCUCCUCAAGAAGGAGAAGGCGGUGAUCGUGCAGCCCGACCGCGUCACCGUCGGCAACGGCCCGGCCUUCGGCUGCAUCAUGAUGAAGGACUUCCUGACCGAGCUGGGCAAGCGCCUCAAGAAGAACACCACCGCCUACGAGAACUACAAGCGGAUCUGGGUGCCCGAGGGGCAGCCGCCCGAGAGCGAACCCGGUGAACCGCUGCGCGUCAACGUGCUCUUCAAGCACAUCCAGAAGAUGCUCACCGGCGACAGCGCCGUCAUCGCCGAGACGGGCGACUCGUGGUUCAACUGCCAGAAGCUCAAGCUCCCCGACGGCUGCGGGUACGAGUUCCAGAUGCAGUACGGCUCCAUCGGUUGGUCGGUCGGGGCACUGCUCGGGUACGCGCAAGGCGCCACGGACAAGCGCGUCAUCGCCUGCAUCGGCGACGGCAGCUUCCAGGUGACGGCGCAGGACGUGUCCACCAUGCUCCGCUGCGCCCAGAACAGCAUCAUCUUCCUCAUCAACAACGGCGGCUACACCAUCGAGGUCGAGAUCCACGACGGGCCGUACAACGUCAUCAAGAACUGGAACUACACCGGCCUCGUCGACGCCAUCCACAACGGCGAGGGCAACUGCUGGACCACCAAGGUGACAUGCGAGGAGGAGCUGACGGCGGCCAUCGAGACGGCGACGGGGGACAAGAAGGACUGCCUGUGCUUCAUCGAGGUGGUGGCGCACAAGGACGACACCAGCAAGGAGCUCCUCGAGUGGGGGUCUAGGGUCUCCGCCGCCAACUCCAGGCCACCCAACCCGCAGUAG